GAGUCAGAAAGGGAAACAGAGAAUUAGGGCAGCUGCUGAUUCACUGUGAGCCAGAAAGUGUUGGAGCAAAAUCAGGAGGUGAAGAAACCUGCUGAGGGUGGAGAAGUAGAGCCGGGGAAGAGUGGAGGCAAAAAAAGAAAACAGGAAUUAAGAUAGAAAAAAGGGAAAGCGUUUGAAAGUGAAGGCGUUGCAGUGAGAGGUACAAGUAAAGAAGUGAGCUGAUGUUUCUCAGCAGGAAUGAGAUGAAAGUCUAGACGGUUAAAUUGCAGUGGGCUGUGGAGAGCCAGCGGAGCGGAGCGGCGGCAGGAGCGAGUGUGGGCGGGGAGAGAGGAAGUGUGGUCGACAGGAGAGGAAUUUAAAGCCCCAUUGUUCUGCAAGAGCAGAGGCAGAGAGAGCCGAAGAGCCAGAGGAGUCAAACCCGCCGACAGACGCUGGACAACAUGGACGUGAGCGCAGCCGUGGAGAAGAGAGCCGGAGCUGCAGCCGUCUGUCACGUACGUGACGAGAGCUGCUCUGGAUUCCAGCCACAUUCUUGGAGGAAAGCCUGCAUCGCCUGUGGCUGCAGCGAGGUCGACCACACUCCUGGAAGUGACGUGGAAGAUGACCAGCGAAUGGGACGCCUGCUCGCAGACUCACCCUGGUCCCAUUUGACAGUGAAGGUCAAAGGAGGCGGCGGCCUUCGCAUGUACAAGAGGAACCGCAUGAUCGUGACCAAUCCGGUGGUGUCGCGUAAAGACCCGACCUUCAACACCACGACGUACGACUGGGCGCCGGCCGGCCUCAACCAGACGCUGGCCAUGCAGUACAUGGAGCUCAUGCCGGAGAGUCGACGUCCUCUCUCGGGGACAGAUGGAGCUCUGGAGCGACGCAGGCAGCUCUUCAGUCAGCUCCCCGCCUACGAUCAGGACCCCAUGAAGUGUCAGAGCCUGGCCACCGAGGAGGAGAUUUCCUCCAUGCUGCUGUUUGUGAAGAGCUACAAGCAGGAGGUGCUUGGAGUCGGUGAGGUGGCCUUACCUGGUGAGGAUGGAGCUCUGAGGGAAGCAGCCACUCAGAGGAUGGCUAAGGAGGCCAAGGACCGCAGCAACAGCGACAAGAAGGAUGCUCUGGAGCAACAGCACCACGGCCCGACCAACAGCAUCACCGCCUCCGCUGCUGGCUCCACUAACGGAUCCGAUGACAGCACAAAGGCUGGUUAUCGGUGCACUGGUUGCCAGGGUGACGUUGCCAUGGAGAGUCCAGCUGUGUACGCCGAGCGUGCAGGUUACCGUGGCGCCCUGUGGCAUCCCACCUGCUUCGUGUGCUCAGCGUGUGGCCAGGGAUUGGUGGACCUGGUUUACUUCUGGUCCAAUCAGAAGCUGCUCUGCGGACGACAUUACUGUCAGACGGUCUGGCCGCGAUGCUCCGGCUGCGAUGAGCUGAUCUUCUGUCAGUCUUUCCACACGGCUAAAGAUGGACGGACGUGGCAUCAUCAUCACUACUGCUGCUGGAGGUGCGGGCAGAACCUGGACACACCCUGUCAGCACUGAGACUCACACAGGGCUCGACACUAUCUGGUGUUUUAGAAGUUUUAGUGCUGCUCAAAAACAGAAUUACAAGGUCAGACACUAUAUACUAUACUAGUAUCGACUACGGUUGUUUAGCUUGUUAUAUCCAAAUAAAAGAAAUAAGUAAGGUAUAAAUAAUACCGAAUAAGUAGCGCUUAAAGUCUUUAAAUUCUAGGUUUAUUUGACAUUUAGUAUUUAAAAUACUAUUAGUCCAGUUGAUGUAUCGAUGUUUGGAAUACAUUGAAGCACUCAAUACUUGUUCAGUUGAGCCUAGUUGACAGAAAAGUGUUUAAAGUACUUAAAGAAACAUUUGGAGGAUUUAUUAGCACUUAAAGUGCCGACAGUGACUGGAGCCAGAUACUUCCAGAUACAGACAGCAGCUUCCAGAGCUGACAGUUUGUGAAACAAAUGAGUAAAUGAAAUGAGAAAUACAUAUAUGAGUAAAUAGAAAAGGGUUUCAGAGCUUUCAACCACAUCACACAGUCUUCACCAGGCGGAUGAAACUUGUUUUUCUGAGCACUAAAGAAAGUUUGUGUCGGAGGCAUCCUGGACUCUAAAUGAGUUUGUUGGAGCUGCUCUUUGGAUAACAAUAAAUGCAAACACAAAUAAAACACUCUUUUUAAACAGUUAAAAUGUCUUUAUUGCAAUGGCUCAGUCAUGUUGGACCCAAAAACUAAAUGCAACUUUUUUCUGAGCACAAACUAAACUGACCUAAACUCAAGGUCCACUUACUAUCUUGGGAGCUUUCAAUCACAUCUCACCGUCUUCAUCAGCAGGAAAAGUUUGAAUAUCUACAUCAUGAAUAAGCUCGAUAAUUAGAUUUAAUUUAUUUCACAGCAUUUAUUUUGUCCUGCACAAUUUAAAUAAGAGUUUCUCAGAUGUUGGGUUUAAUCCCAUGUUGGGUCAGCUGAAUGAAAUACUGUAUAAUGUCUAAUUAUGCACAACAUUGUUAUUCAUUUCUAACAUGUCGGGUUUGAAUCUGUGUUACAUUUCUAUUUCAAACAAACAUUAUGUAAUUGUUUUACUUAAACCUCAGAGAACUGGACAGGCUGAAGACAUAUAACUAAUUGUUUUUUUGUUUUUAUUUGAGUAGAUUUUGACCCUCUGCUUUUAAUUUAAUUUUGAAUCUUUAUUUGUUGUACUAAUUGUAAUUGGAUUUUACUUGUAAUAUGCCAUUUCCUUCAUUUGCUUCUCUUUCUGAUUGACGUGUUAAUAUUGUCCAUUUUGCAUUUUAAUUCAUGAAAGUGUCUCUCUGAUGCUGCUAAACACUAAAUUCUGUGUAAAGUUUUGUGUUUUGCUAACAUUAAACAAAGGGGAUUUUUAUUUUAAAUAGUUGAGUACUGUGAGGUUAAUAAAGUUUUCUGGAGUUAGUAUUUUGCAAUGUGCAGAAAUAAAAAUGUUGGCCAGACAGAAACUUUAACAUCAGCUAAUAUUUGCUCGUGUUUUUUGAAGUGACUGUUGUUAGCAGAACGCUAACUGUUUAUAAACAAGGACAAUAUUUUAGCUUGUGAUAUUGUUGGCUAAAUAUUUAGCAUAUAGACAACAAUACUGUUUAAUACAGGAUGACGUGUUUAGCCUAGCUUAGCACAACAACUGGAAGUGGGGGCAAACUGCGAGCCUUGCUCAGUCGAUUAUGAAAUAAUACAUGUUUGAUAUGAGAUGAGAUAUUAAACUUUAAGAAGAUAAUCUCUCAAGGAUCUGUGCAGAUUGCCAUGUUCACAAACCUUUUAAAACUAAAGAAAUGUCAUCAUUUACAAGUCAAAAGAAGGAAUCCCCAGUUAAAUAAUAAAUAAACGGUGAUAUCAUACUAAUUCCUGAAUUCCACAGUUAAUAGUAAAUGAUAUAAAGCAGAUUUUGCUGUUUUAGAUCAGAAGUGAUGGAGUUUAUAUUCGAAAGGUUUAACGUGAUGAUGUCACCUGCAGGGAUCAACAAUCAUCCACCAGGUUAAGGUUGCAUGUCAUGUUUUGUUUUUGCAUCAACGCUUUCUUAAAGGGAGAGAAGAGAGUUUUCUGCUGAUGUUUUUAAAGUUUUGUUUGAAUUAAAGUCACUUCUGAUUGAA